CUGACUACACAACAUAAUUUGUCAACAUCUAGGUGUUCCAUUGCUGUGGCGGUAAUUGGGAUCAAUAUUCUUGAGAGGUGUCUUGGUUUUGUUUUAAUUUUGCUCUGCUCCUUAGACUAUAAUUAGUAUCGGGGUUCUGGGUAGUAAUUAAUGCCUCGUUUAAAGUACAGGCCUUGUAACGACGGAAUGGAGGACGUCAGCGAUUUAUCCGGGGAUGUAACCGUCGUCGAUGUUUACGAUAUCGCUUCCGAUAUCGGCAAAGAAUGCGAAAAAAUUAUAGACAGAUACGGGGCUGACGCAGUUACCUCUUUGAUGCCAAAAGUCAUCAACGCUUUGGAGCUCCUUGAAAACUUGGCGACCCGAAACGAAAGGGAAAAUACAUUGCUAACUGAAUUACAACUUAAAAUAUCGCAACUUGAAAAUGACAAAUUGGAAAAGGCCGAAUACAGACAAAAAUUCGAAAAGGAAUUGGAAGCUAUUGAAGAGCAGUGGCGUUCUGAAACCAAAGAAUUGUUGACCCUGGUUUCCAGACUUCAAGAUGAGAACAGGAGGCUUUCCAAAACAAGUAACCCCAGCAAACAUUCCCCUUCCACUCCUCCCGAUAUUAUUAAUAAUGGAGAAGUGAUGCAGAAACUGCAGGACUGCCUAGAAAAGCAGCGGGAUGAAAUUAGGGAGAAAGAAAAUUUGUUGCAAGAAAAAAGUGUGAUUGUGGAAAAUCUAAAAUCUCAAGUGGACAAACUAACGUUCUCAGGCAAGGAGCUGAGGAGAAAAAACAAAUCAAUGCAGAUGCAAGUGAGGACGUUAUGUGACGAGCGAGCCGAUUUUUUGGUGCAACUCCAAGAUCAGCACAGAGAUUUGUCCGCUUUAAAGCAAAGGCUGGGCUUAGCCCAGAAAGAAAAUGAAGAUCUAGUGAAGACUGAUUUCCCAGUUCUAAGUAACAAGGCAGUGUUCGAUUUGGACGACCCUAACAGGCCGCGAUUUACUACUCAAGAAUUAAAGGAUAUCCUCCAUGAACGCAACGAGCUUAAAGCAAGAGUCAGCGAUUUAGAAGACGAACUGGACACCUAUCGUCCCAAAAACAAGCCCGAAACAAAGCCUCGUUUUAAACUUACGGGUGCAUGCGAAAGUUUCCUUUCCCCGCCAAAACUCGCUUCGCCCGUAGUAGUUGUCGAAGACCAAUCCCGGUACCCGGAAGAAGACGAUCCUCCCGUGCAGGGCCCUCUGCCCUACGAGCCGGACGACGCGCCGUGGAAAAAGAACUCCGAAUCGGGAAUUAGAAAGUUUUUUCGGAAGAUAUUUUCCGAAAACAAUGGUGGCGGCAGUUUUCCUAAGCGUAGCCUAUCCACCCUCUCGAAGAUGGCUCUGUCGUCAACUAGCGAGCCGGUGCCCGUCUAAGUCGAACAUGGAUCCCACCGGGCAAUUGUAUAGUUUGCUGUGAGACCAUCUAAGUGCACAUUUAUUUCGAAGCGAAGCGCGCAAAAACAACCAAACGCCACCAUUUUGGGUUUUGUCCCUUUCGCCAGCCAAAUUUUGACAUAUAAACUAUAGGGAUGGUGACUGUUUUAACUUACUAUUUACAAAACUUCUGGGUUCCUCCUGUAUCGGUUGCUGUUGAAUCUAACUUGCUAACGUUUCGCCAAUCAUCCUAUUGGCUUCUUCAGAGCUUGACUGAAACUGCUUGCAUUCUUCUCUGUAUCUGCUUAUAUAUGGUUUGAAGGAGGCGGAGCUUUGCCUAGUAUCUCAGAUGAAAUUUUGUUGGACAAGUGGUAAAUCUGGUUUUGACUUUAUGUUUCUUGAAUGUAAGAGAGGACCACCGUGAUUGCUCUAUAGAAAUCUUAACCGAGACUCAGGUUCUUCACCUGUCAUCAAUAUGGGAUGUUUAUGCUCCUCAUUUACUCCUCCCCCCUCAAACAACAUAGAAGCAGGUACAGAGUAAAAUGUGAGGCUGAAGAAGCCAACAGGAUGGUUGGCGAAACGUCAGGAAGUUCGACUCUGGAGGAAUCGAGAAGUUUUGUAAAUAGUAUUGCAGUAGCCUGUGAAAGUUUCUUUGAAAAACUGUUUUAACUUGGUCUUCGAGUGUCAUUGGACUCUCUGAGUUAACCAAACUUUUUGUUUUACAUAUUUUUUAUAUCGAUUUUUAUAAACAAAUGAAUGUCCCUUGUCAGUAACCUGUAUAGCUACUACAUAUAUACAGGGUGCUUUACGGUAGAUGACGGGUUGGCUUUUUAUGGUGAACGAGAUAAAUAUUAAGAAGUGGUCAAUGGACCAACACCAACACUAAGUUUGAUGUAGACAAGUUCAUCCUCAAAACUUAUAUUUAAAUAUUUAUAAAUAUCAUGUUCCUAUAAAGGGUGUUCAAAAAAUAGGCAUUAAAAUUCAAAUUAAUAUCUACACUAAUAUUCACCCGAUUCUGUUGAGAUUUGGCCAAGUUAUUUGAGGUUUUAAGGGCCUAGUUUAGAUAGAUAAUAGAUUAAAAUUAUAUAAAUAAUAACGAUAACGAAUUGAAUGAAAAUUUUAGAUAUUAUUAAAAAAUAUAUAUGGUCGCAUUUUAGGUGAAAAAGCAAUAAAUUCAUGAAAACUUCAUUUCGAUGGUUUUCUCCUUUUUUGUUUGUAAAAUGUUCAUUCGGAUAUUAUGGAUAUUACAUAGCACACUACAUCAAACUAUAGCACGAGACAAAAAAUUGCCAAAAUAAUUCAUUAAUAAUAUUCAAAAAAGCAGCAAUGUUACACUUUAAAAGCCUAACCUGAACCGUGGAACACCCUAUAUUACAAGACGAGUAAAAAUUGUGACCAAUUUUGACAAUAUUGCUCUCCUUUUUUGAUCCUCACUAAGACCAGCUUGUACGGUUUCCACAGUGUGUCCCAUAUUUGAUGUUUAAUCAAUAAAGCUAGGGUGUUUUAGAUUUUUUAUUUUUUAGAUACAGGAUCCUUUUUUUAUUCAAGAAUAUAUAACCCAUAAGAGCUAUUACGAAUACAAAGCAUAUAUUUUUAAUUUAUUGUUUUUGGGAGUGGGCCGUGAAAAAUACAGAUGUUUUUGUUUUUACAUAAACUCCAAAAAGUCAAAAUAGACGUGUGUGUGCAAUAUUAUUGCUCAUAAUUGUCAUAAUUUGGGUUAACAUGGAGAAUUAGGGAAAAAAAUGUCAUUACUGUUUGACAAUUAAAAUAUAUUUAUAUCUCUUUUUCAUAGCUUACCCAUAAAAACUUUAAAAUUAAGUAUAUAUUUACAUAUUUUUAAAAGACUCAUACUAAAAUUAUUAAAAGGCAUUGGUUUAGUUAUAAAAAAAAAAUUGAGGUUCAGAACAAGAGGGCCUGGAAUUUUCAAAUGCCGUAUCAUCGAAUUUACCUAUGGCAUUGCUGUUUGUGCCACGUUUAAUUUAAUAAAAAAGUAGCCAUGAGCCACUACUGAUUAGCUUGAGUAAUACGUAAUAAACCAUCAAUCAAAAACGGGACACACUGUACAGUAUGAACAUUAAAAUGUGCACAUCAUAUAAAAGCAUUUUUCAUUAAUAAGUUUGGAAAAGUUUGAUCCUUGGAGUGGUUUGUGCAUCAAGAAUGAAAAACAAAUUGACUUGUUGAAGUUUUUAAUCGACCGUACCUGUCAAAAAAUAUUUAACAAUUAAGUUACUUUUAAAAAUAUCGAAAAAUUUAGAAACGAAACUACUAGACUAGGACCGAGUAUUUUAAUAUGGCGUUUCUCUUUAAAUUUUUCUUUAAACACUCGAUUUCAAAGAAAAUCUUCUAUACAGGGUGUCCCGAAAUAACGUUAGACUUAUUUAAAAGACGAAAAAAUAAGAAAACGUUUUUAUAUGAACGUGGGUCGAAAAUGCAUAGUCAGCAUGUGUCAAACUUUUUUUUAAAAAUGGGUUUUUAAUAUAUCUUAAAAACCCCUUCACUGAUUUUGUUGAAAUUUGGAAGUGUCCUUUGUUAUUUAAGAUUAAUUAAAUUAAAACAAUAUUUUUGAUAAAAACAAAUGUGCGCCACUGUUUCCAAUUUAUUUACUUUUUUCGUAUCUUGCUUCGUUUUCGAGAAAAAAAAACUAAUUGGCGACAAAAUUUUAAUCUGUUUUUUUAUUAAUAUCUUUAAAAAAAACUACUUGUGACGAUAAAAUUUUUCGGUAUUUUCAAAUUAUAUAAAAAAAUAUCAAUUUGAGUAAAUGUAUUUAUGCGCAAACCAUGAAAGUAGUGGUGACACUGCAUAUAAUCACGUCAUGAUCGACCAUUUUGCUUUAUGACACUAUUGUUAUAUUAUUUGCAUAGUCUAACGAAAAAUAACACCUGGUAAUGGAAAUCAUAACAUAUUAACGACGAUGUGAUAGUUUAUUAUUGUAGAGAUCUUUUUAGUGCCCACUGUUAAUGAAUAUAAAAAAAAAUAGGGAGGCACUUUUAGCGUAGCCACAACAUAUGAUACUCUGCACUGUAUUUUUUGAAUCCGUUCUCUACAUUUUGUGUUUGUUUGUCUGAAAAUUAUUUAGGACUGUGAUAUUUUCGUUUGUGAUGCUGCGGACAAUCCAGAUAAUCGAAAUAAAUUCCGUUGGCCUCGAUUAUUUCGGACUUCGCACACAACGACACAUUCUGUGUUUAUUUCUUUUUUUAAUGCUUCUCCGAGCAUGUUUUUACGUGUAUUGCAAACAUUAGCUAAAUAAAUUUAGGAGGAUUACAAAAAAAACUGUAGGAACCCGGUGCCAAAUAAUAGAUUACCUAUGCUGAAUA